UGAAGACAUGAAUCACAUUAUAGUGAAAGAUGAAAAUAGUACUGUCAAACUGCCAACACAAAACUGCAGGUUAAUCCCCGGAAAAAUUGAGUACAGAAUUUUUUAUGCUAAUUUAUCAAAACAUCCGAACUUCAAAAAUGAAGGUAAAAAGAAAAGAUUUCAGGAAAUAAUGGCUAUUAUUGACGGAGAAGGAAACAAUUCUUCUGGGACGAAUUUUUUUGAAAAAAAAGUCGGUGUUAAUAAAAAUGUAAAACGAAUUAUUUAUAUCGGAUGGAAACACAAGAUAGAUGAAAGAAAUAAAUUCAUUCACAUAAAGGAGCCAAUCGCAGGUGCCAAGACGAUAGAAUUGGACCAAGCAAAAAAAUAUCGACUUGCCGAAGUGAAAAAUAUGAUACUCGAGGCAAUGAAAACCGAAGAGAAUUCUAAAUAUUUCGAAGAAUCGGUCGUUGACAUAGAAAAUCGUGCUGCUGCAUCGUCCAAAAUUCAUAUUUUAACAAAUGAUUUCGAAUCUAAAGAAAAUCUGCCUAAUAAUCGACAAACUGUUCACAAUGUGCAUCUUUCGAUCCCUGUUAUCGACGAAAAAAAUAUACAUUUUUCCGAAAUCUUGUUGGGUAAAGGUGCUUUUGGAACAGUGAAACGUGCGACAUGGUUAGGAAUUGAUGUGGCAGUGAAAACUAUAGAGUUAUCGACCAGUAAUAAAUACAUCAUUCGCGAAAUAAAUAUAAUGGAUAAAGUGAGACAUCCGAAUAUAAUUAGUAUAAUGGCAGUAUCAUUUUCUCAAUCUCAAUGUCACAUUGUCAUGGAGUACUUCGACAGCGAAAGUUUGCGAUCUGUCUUGUUUCAUGGUAACUCAAAACUCAAAUUAAAACUAAAUGAAAAAAAUAAAUCCCUUAUAUCUUAUCAAAUAUGCAAAGCUAUCACAUUUCUUCAUGAGUCAAGACCAGCAAUACUGCACAAAGAUAUAAAACCAGAUAACAUCCUUGUGGAUAGACACUAUACUACAAAAGUGUGUGAUCUUGGCUGAAGUAAAUGCGAUGCGAUGCCUUCUGCGCUUCACACCACAAUUGGACACAACUUUCAAGGAACGCCGCUUUAUAUGGCUCCUGAGAUACUUAUACAAUACAAAGAAGCUACUAUUUAUUCUGACGUUUGGUCGCUUGCCUGUGUUAUUGUAGAGUUAUACUCGCAAAAGAAUGUCUGGACUCUGCCUCUUGGGGUAGGAUACAAUUUAAUUAAUUUAAGAGGAAUUGUCUCCACUUUGAAAGCACCCAAUUUAUCGAAAAUGCCAAUUCAUUUAAGAUCUCUUUUAAAAGAAUGUUUUCUUCACGAACCUGAGAAAAGACCAAGUGCCCAUACUCUUCUAAAUACUUUCAAAGGUAUUGUUUUUUAAAUACUAUAUUUCAAAAAAACGUAUUAUUAUUCUCUUACAUUAAGAAAACGAGGAACAACGAACUCAAGUCAUGCAGUUAUAGAAAAUAUACAUAGAUUUCAUUUUAUUUCAAGUAAGUCGGUUACGAUUUAUUUAUAAAAACGUUGCAAUGCUCUAUAUGUAUACAAAAGUUUGAAACAUAAUUCUUUACAGUAUAUGACAUUAUUCGUUCUUAUUAUUAAAAAUUCUUAAUUUAUGUUCAUUUUCUAAUUUAAGCAGAAAGCGACCGAUUCAGAUAUUGAAAUAAAAUGGAAUAACCAACGCAUAUUUGUACAAUAAAUAAUUAAUCAAAUUAAAAUGGUUGUAAUCAUUUAGCAAGGACUGAAUCUUUGGAAUGAAUGAAGUAGAGACACUCAAGAGCUGAAGACUGAGAAGAAAUGUUGAUUUUACAAUGGGUGAUUUCAACCAAAGAUUUUGUUGAUUUGUGAUUACGAUACCAAAAUAUGCUCACAAAAGAAGUAUUAUAUGCCUAGCAUUUGCAAAAAGGAUUGUGAUUAUACGUGUUUAUAUGCUGCAAAUGCAAUUUUCAGUUGCUACAAAGUUGAAAGUAAGAUUUAAUAAUAUAUAAGAUAUGUUCGGUUAUUGUUCUAGUUUUGAACAAACUUAUUUUCAUUUAAGACUUUUGUUGUUCGUAU